AUGGAUUCCAGUAUGUUCAAAGAAUGGGUUUUAAACCAAUUUAUACCUAAUGUAAUUUGUUCACCAAAUCUUUCAAAAAGUUCGAAAAUAGUCGUGAUUAUGGAUAAUGCCAGCUAUCACUCCGUAAAAUUAGAUAAACCACCAACUAAGUCUUCAAACAAAACUGUCAUGCAGGAAUAUUUAACAAAAUGUAACAUUGCAUUUGAUCCAAAAUUUACAAAAAAAGAUUUAUCGGAUUUAAUCCAACCCACAAUUUCACCUGAUACUCCUGUAAAAUAUGAAAUUGAUUACAUUUUGAAACAGCAUGGUAUUGAUGUGCUUCGACUUCCACCUUACCAUUGUCAAUACAAUGCUAUUGAACUGGCAUGGGCACACUGCAAACGUUAUUAUAAUCAAAACAUUCACGAAUAUACUGAAGACAAAAAUCGAGUAACGCACUUAUGGUUGGAGGCUUUAAAUAAUUUUGAUUCACAAAUGUGGAAAAAUAGUAUUCGGCAUUGUGAUGAAUUAAUUCUAGCAGACUGGCACAAAGAAAUGGGCAAUUUUCCUCUAGAUAAUAUUCCACCAGUCAUAAUAUCUUUAGCAGACUCUGAUACAGACGAAACAGAUGAUGAUGAGAGGGUAACUGACGAUGAUCUCGCUGAAAUAGAAGGUGAUGGCGAUGCUAUGUCUGUGGAAUUUCCUCUAGCAACGACAAGUUUACAGGGCACUACUAGUAACCUAUUAUUGUUUCUUAUAGCUGUUAUAAUCUUAACUUUUAUUGUUCUUUGA